AUGGACUCAUUACCACUCGAUGUUUCUCAUCCUGCAGUGCGGGAUUACCUUUCCCUUGUACGGCUGCAAGUCCUCACCCCUUUGUCACUUUUGAUCAACAUCGCGACACUACUUGUGUGCUCAGUUAUUGUCAAGCCCUCAGCCGGGUCCAUCAUCAAGUCACACCCCACAUCUAUAUCUCCUUCGCCGAGCCUCAUCGCCGCCUAUAUUGUCGCUAUAUUUCUUGGGCAGAUAGGCUACUGCAUAUUGCUGGUUGUUGCCAGGAAGCCGGAGACGAAGACAACGCUAGUGAAAGGAGUUGGUCUUUCCCUCGUUUUUGCAAACUGGUUGAUGGCUCUUUGGGCCGUGAGUUGGGUCCUUGAGUUUUUCUUACUCUCGACGAUACUUCUUGGACUUCUGGUUCUAUGUUUGUUGUAUUCGAAUAUCGCGCUUCUCACAUAUCAUCCUCCCACAUCCUCCCGCCCUCUCGACAUGGCACUUAUUCACGCUCCUUUGCGUUUCUUCCUCGUUCUUCCCUUAUCCUUGCUGUUUUCAUAUUCGCUCUUCAUCACUCUGGGGUUAUAUUACUCACCUCGUCACCCCGAACAUUACGGCCGCUUUGCCUGGCCUGGCUUUGGGGUCACAUUUGGUGCAAAUCUCAUUGGCCUGGUAGUGGUACUGAUGCGCUGUGAUAUCGUGUGGGCUGUCGCAGCUACUUGGAUUUGUGCGAGUACAUGGAGCGCGAGCCCAAAACCUGCUCCUGUUUAUGUCACUGUUAUUUUGUUCACCGUACUUCACCCUCUGGCUCUCUUUGGAACGCUCCUCUACCGUCGACUUACCAAGCGAGAAGGGAGAAUUGCUCUACCCCCUGAUGAAGAACAUGAUGUGACAGGACCACGCGGACCGCGAGAGGUGGAUGCCGAAGCUUUGUGGGGUCCUGCCUGA